AUGUUCAAAAUGCAUAAGACGGCGAGCGGAACACUUUCGACAACAAUGCACCGAAGCGCCAUACGCAAGGGAUUACGAUGGGCUGGUUGCGCUGACAACGGACACCUGCUCCCAGUGAAGUGGGCAUGUGCAUCGACAAGCGUGAAAGGUGAUGGUCAGUUCGAGUUUGAACUGCGGCAUGCAUGGGGCCCAAACGUAUGGUGGAGUUCUGAGCGAGGCGGGCAGCCACAAUUCUGUGACAGUGCGGAUGGUCAAUGGUUCGAGCAGCUCCUAUUGAGCUAUGAGAGACGCAUGGGCUCUGAAGUUCAGAUUUUUAUCCCCAUACGAGAUGCCUACACUCACUUGCGAUCUCUGCUGCGCCAUACAUCCAAACCAUUUGCAGAGUUCAAUGACUCUGCAUGGCUUUGGAAUCCAUGCUCGAAAGAGUUGGGCCUGCACCACGCAAGUCAAGUUCAGCGGUUCCUAAAGGAAUGGCCCUUCCAAAGAGCAAAGAGAUUGCAUGUUUUGCUUGCUGAGGAUUUGUCUGCAUCCCUAGUUAUGUUCCGCAGGACGGUCAAUUGGUCUCUGAGGGAUGUGGUCUCUUUCAGCACUCACGUCACCAGCGAGAAGCAAGCUGCCCAGGUGCUUGUACCAGCUGCAGAAGACAUCCCUAGUGACCGAUUAAAUCUGGACCAGCAAUUGUACUUGCGAUUGCAAUCAUGGUUUGCAGAUGAACUACAGCUCCACAGAUCCCAGAAUUCCGACUUUGAGCGUGAGGUCUUGGCGCACAAACGUAUCACAAAAGCUGUCGCCAGAGUCUGUGGAGGAAUGAACGAACACCUUGGCGGCAGUUUUUUGGCGCAGUUCUGCCGAUCAGCACGGGCGGAAGCGGACUUGGAGAGCCUCGAUCGCCUUCAAUGCGUUGAAAAAUGA